UGUCCGGCAGCGCAGGCGGGAAACUCCGAGCAGAGCCCCGCGGAGGGUGAAGGAGGCCGCCAUGUUGUGUGGGGAAGAAGCAGCAGCUGCCCCGGAAAUAAACGGCCAACAACUUCCGCAGUGAGCUCAGAGAUCACACCCGAGCACAAAGAGAAGAAGAACACAGAGGGGAAUUAUGGACAGAGAUCGCAGACUGCACACAGGAGAGGACAUAGCUCUAAAUAAAGCCGGCACAGACAUAGAGGCACUGACCCCCUCUGGAAAAGUGCAUCGCCCCAUCAACAUAAAUCACUAUGCCACCAAGAAAAGUGCAGCUCAGAGUAUGCUGGACGUCGCCUUGCUGAUGGCCAACUCGUCGCAGCUGAAGACCGUUCUCUUCGUGGGGCCUCAUUAUCGUUUCUACAUCCCCCUCAUUGUCCUGCUGUCUGUGUCCAUCGCGUUACAGGUCAUAGUGGGACUGCUGCUCGUCUUUAUUGCAGUGAAGUAUGAUCUGAACGAUGUGAGGAAACAUCGCAAGUUGAACACAAUGAACAAUGUAGCGACAGUCUUCGUCUUCUUCACCGUGCUCGUCAACAUCUUCAUCACAGCGCUUGGAUUUGAGGGACAUAUCAGGACGGUACAGUCACCUGUGAUAGCAAUACCAGAGCCUAAGCUUUCCCCUCUACCCCUCGACCUCAACAUAACUGGAGGCAUUUAGGUCUUUGCACCACAGAGACAUUUCUUUUAAAUGUAAAGGGAUCACGUUAGUGAGUUAAGGGACCACAUCUAUCACAUUAGUGCUGAGGAGUUUGUGUGGAACCAGGCUGAGAGCAACAUAAGCUGAGGAACACUAAAUAAAACCAUCGACCCACAACCUCAACUCAGGAUCAGCGUUCAACUGGAUCAGCUCGACUAAUGAUUGACAACCAACAACCCACUUUGAAUACAUCACCACUGCCUCGAGGACAAAUACCUGCAGACUACUGUUACCUACUGUACAGAAUGUCAAACUAUUUAAAGCUUCCAUCGUGUAAAUAUAAGUGUUUUGUAUUGUUUCCGUUGUCAAAUGUUAGACUGGUGUUAUUACAUGCAUUUAUACUUUUGUAACUGAAUAAAUCAAUUACUGAUA